AUGCCUGGAGAAGCACAAGAAGAGCAUAAUCAUGUAACACUGCUGACAAGUAUCGAGUCUAUGAAGAGGGAAAUUAAGACAUUGGAGCUUUGGAACAAGAGAAUGGGUUGUCAAGAUCUUGACGGUCUAAGUUACUUUGAACUGAUGGUACUCCGAAGGGAGAUUCUGUACGGUUUCUUCAAUUUGACGAGUCGGGUGAUGAGAAAAAUUUGGGACGAAAGGCGGUGCAAAGAGAAUGGAGACUCGGGACGGAGAGUUCUGCCGGAUGCUGAGCACGAACAGUCUUCAUUGGACACAUAUGAUCAAGGAUCCAACAUUUCCCCGCGACAAAGUUCUUUAGCUCUUGGGCUUCUUACUGCCUUUGAAAUAAAGUUUCCUAAUGUUCAAGUCCAAGAGGUGAAGUUCAUUGAUCCAGACACAGGUCAGUCACUCCCUAAGAACACUUCUGGUNAGCUUUAUGUGAGGAGCCAAUGUGUAAUGCAAGGUUACUUCAAGAACAAGGAAGAAACCGAGAAGAUGAUUGAUGAAGAAGGUUGA